CCUUCCCUUCCAAAAUGUAGAGGCGCAUAGGUGUGAGAAGACAAGCAUGGGGGAAGACUGCAGUUUUUGUAUCGUCCUCUCCAAAAAUUGUUUUCUUUCCUUGGCUUUUUCUUUCCUACCCGACGGCGAGGGGAGGAAAACAGGAAUUAAGAAAAGGUUGCAGCGGGAGAUCCCCCCAGGAUACGGAAAAGGAAGCCAGAGGAGAGGAGUGGAUAUUCGUGGGUCUUCCAUCACCGCCUUUCCUUUACGCGAUCCCGGCAGCACGAAGGGAAGGGGCAGUCAAGGGAAGAAGAAGGAGGACGACGACGACAAGAAGAAGAAGAGGGAGGGAACUGCCUGCCUGUGUAGAGGGGGAGGGGCCCGGAGCUGUUGCCGAAGCUAAGCGGAGAGGAGCGGCGGCAGGAGCACUGGGGCCUUGGACACGUCGAGCCGGGAGGGGGAGUGAGAAACCCGUAAAGGAAGCGGGGAGAGGCCGGCGGCCCCUCAGGAGAACGCGGCCCGAUAGCGUCCGGCCGCUGGGCGAAGGGAAGAGAUAGAAGGAAGGAAGAAGCCACGAGCAGAGUAGGCAGGCAGCCGGGCGGGGGAGAGAGAGAGCAGCAGCCGCUGCCGCCGCCGAGACAAAGAGCGGAGCCCGCCGGGAAAGAAACCCACUCCUCUGCCCUCUCCUUUCCGCCUCCUCCUCCUGCCAUUAUUAAUCCGCUUCCCCCACUCCCCGGGCCGGAGAGUUCCAAAGCCCCCAAGAGGAUUCCACGCAAGACCGUCGCCGCCUGGUCUGUUCUUCACAAGCCAGGUAGGAAAGGAGGGAGAGAAAGAAAAAAGAGCGAGCGAAAUCUUGCAAGGCUAUCUUUGCUCAAGAGACUUAACUUUCAGUGUCUGGAUCCUGAAUUGUGCCAAAGAGGGACUCCAUGAAAGAUGACAGAAGAAGUUAUUGUUAUAGCAAAGUGGGAUUACACUGCACAACAGGAUCAAGAACUUGACAUAAAGAAGAAUGAACGCCUCUGGCUGUUAGAUGAUUCCAAAACAUGGUGGAGGGUAAGAAAUGCGGCCAACAAAACAGGAUAUGUGCCAUCCAAUUAUGUUGAGAGGAAGAACAGCUUGAAGAAGGGUUCCUUGGUUAAAAAUCUGAAAGAUACAUUGGGUUUGGGUAAAACAAAGCGGAAGACAAGUGCCAGAGACGCCUCACCAACCCCUAGUACUGAUGCAGAAUACCCAUCUAAUGGUAGCAGUGCUGAUCGGAUUUAUGAUCUGAACAUCCCAGCAUAUGUUAAAUUUGCCUAUGUAGCAGAAAGGGAAGAUGAAUUAUCUCUUGUGAAAGGAUCUCGAGUCAUUGUUAUGGAAAAGUGCAGUGAUGGCUGGUGGAGAGGGAGUUACAAUGGACAAAUUGGCUGGUUUCCCUCAAACUAUGUAGUAGAGGAAGUUGAGGAAGCAACCGCCGAUUCACCAAGUUUUCUAAGCUUGAGGAAGGGAGCAUCCAUGAGUAAUGGCCAAGCCAUGAAAGUACUUCACGUUGUUCAGACAUUAUAUCCAUUCAGUUCUGUCACAGAAGAAGAGCUCAACUUUGAAAAAGGUGAAACCAUGGAAGUCAUAGAGAAACCUGAAAAUGACCCAGAAUGGUGGAAAUGUAAAAAUUCCCGAGGGCAAAUCGGUCUAGUUCCAAAAAACUAUGUAGUAAUCUUAAGUGAUGGUCCUAUGAUUAACACUUCCCACCCACCUCCGAUAAGCUACACAGGGCCCUCUUCUACAGGACGGUUUGCAGGAAGAGAAUGGUAUUACGGGAAUGUUACUCGGCACCAGGCAGAAUGUGCUCUAAAUGAAAGGGGAGUGGAAGGGGACUUCCUCGUCAGAGACAGUGAAUCUUCGCCCAGUGACUUUUCAGUAUCUCUAAAGGCAUCAGGGAAGAAUAAACAUUUCAAGGUGCAGCUGGUGGACAAUGUCUAUUGCAUUGGACAGCGUCGAUUUAAUACUAUGGAUGAGUUGGUGGAACACUACAAAAAGGCUCCUAUCUUCACCAGUGAACAUGGGGAAAAGUUAUAUCUUGUCAAAGCACUUCAGUGACGUUGAAGAUGGACUAGGCCUGUUGGGGCCUCAUAACUUACAAGCCUUAGGUCCUAAAAUCACUUUUAUAGAGCAGAGCAGUCUACACCAGUCUGAGACAGUCUUCAGAGAAUGACCUCUUUCUAAAGUAUUUGCUCUGUUGGUUAUAUUCUUACUCUUUCCCCUACUUUUUUUGUUUGCCUACUUAGUCUUUUUCAAAGUUUGUUUGUUUCAUGUCCCCUCAGGUUGAGAAUUUCACUUCAGUGGCCAUUGCAAGCACUCGUUUUCUUUCCAGGCUUCUAAACUCCUCUCUUCUGUGUACGUUUACAUAGUUAGUUCAUAUAAACAAGAGGUGUUCUCAAUUCAAAACAGUGUUAAAUUGUUCAGAUAGCUCCUAGUAGCAGAACUCAUCAAUAAGAGACUGGGCACAGUUUGAAUGCACUGAACCUGCAGCUAACUAAGUGAAAUAUAGUAGAUAAAACAGUUGUGGCUGUGAGUUCUGUAGCUAUUUUGCUUACCAAGUAGUAUAUUCCAGGAGUUCCUAGUUUCUAGAACACUCUUUACACUCUCUACCCAACUAUUACAUUGCCUCCUAGACUCUUUGUGAAGAGUACACUAACUAAAACAUUUUAUAAUAGUAUUUCUUAAACUACUACGAUAAAAUUGUAGUGAAAGAAAACUAUCUAGCGUACUUUGACAUGUAAUUGCAACAGAGAUGUUUCACUGAAAGUUGAUUACUUAGAGAAUCAUUGAAUUGUAAUGGUUGAAUGUUUUGGUAAUCUACAACCAAAUGUGCCAUCUGCAUAAUGCUUUCUCUUCUUGCCCUUCUGCUUGUUUGAAUUAAACAAUUAUGUAUUUAAUUCUUAAAGUAAUAUGUAUCUGUAGCUGAUUGACACUAAUACAGAAGUUUAAUAAACAUAACUAAUUAUGGGCGGGUGGGGCUUCCAACACAUACAUGCAUACGUAUUGUGUGUUUUUUUUAUAUAUAUAUAUAUAUAUAUAUAUAUGUAUGUAUGUAUGUAUGUAUAUGUGUAUAUAUAUAUGCACGCACGCAAUACAGAAAAAAUCAGGGUUUACAAACAGUAAUGUGAUUGGUAGUAAGACACACAGAAUGUUAUAUGAAGAAAAUGCAUAUUUUCUUUUUCUUUACUUUUAACCUUCGUAUGGUUUUAAAUAUAGUGUUGAUGGCACAUUCCUGAAAAAAUGUUUGGGGGGGGGAGGACCUUGAUGAUCCCAGAAACUUGCAUACCCAGCUUUUUGGAUAUUGUAAUAAAAAAGGUAUCAUGUGAA